AUGCACCUCCCAUCAUCAGCACCAGAAUCUUCGGCACACCAAGGCCGGCUAUACUUCCUCGACGUCGGAAUCUCCACUCCAGCCCUCCACGGCCGCAUCCUAACAUGCCACGCCGACGGCUCGGGCUUCCGCGAACUAAUAACCAACAUCCACACAAUGCCCGAUGGAAUCGCCGUCGACAAAGAGGCCGGCCAUAUCUACUGGUCGAAUAUGGGGAUCCCAUCUGCGAACGACGGGUCUAUUCAGCGGUGUACCCUGGAUGGAAAGAAUAUCGUGACGGUUGUGCCGAAGGGGUAUACGCAUACGCCGAAGCAGCUCACUAUUGCGCAGCAUAGUCGGAAAUUGUAUUGGUCUGAUCGGGAGGGGAUGAGGGUUAUGAGGGCGGAUAUGGAUGGGGGGGAUGUGGAGACUCUUUAUGUGGCUGGGGAUGUGCAGGGGAAGAGAGUUGAGGAUUGGUGUGUUGGAAUUGCGGUUGAUGAGGAGGGGGGACAGGUGUUCUGGACGCAGAAGGGGCCGUCGAAGGGGAAUGGGGGGAGGAUAUUCAGGAUGGGGAUUGAAUUGAGGGAGGGCGAGACUGCGGAAUCCAGAUCGGAUGUGACGAUUGUUAAGGAGGGUCUGCCGGAGCCGAUUGAUCUCGAGCUGGACCAUCAGCAGCGGAAACUGUAUUGGACGGAUCGGGGGGAUCCGCCGUAUGGGAACUCGGUCAAUGUGGUGGGGGUUGAUGACGUUGUUGAUUCGAAGGCGCGGCCGGAGAUUCUGGUUCGCAAGCUGCAUGAGGGCAUUGGAAUUGCGCUGGAUUUGAAGAAUGGGCGCAUGUUCUUUGGGGAUCUAGGGGGGUCGUUGUAUAGUUCCAACCUGGACGGGACCUGCAAGACCACAGUCAUCCCUGAUAUUGGUGGUGCAGUCACUGGGAUUGCUUAUGUUGAGUAG